GUCGCUUGGGACGUCGAAGAAGCGUUCACGAAUGGUGGAUUUGAGAUCGAGAGGACCAUGACAACAAUGAUGCCCAGUCUUUUGAGAGAUUUGAGGAGGAUGUUCACAGGAGUGGACCAUAGUGGACCUUAAUCCAAACCAUCAAUCAUCGUCAUCAUGGAAAACAGGUCUUUGUUUCGUCGACACUUGGAUCAUCUUGGAUUCAACGUCAUGACGCUUUGUGGGAAGGUGAGGCUCUCAGAUGUAAUAUCAUGUAAUUAAUGUUAAUUUAGUAUACUAAUGUAAUAUGUAAGAUUUUAAUUUCAUGUUUUAAUUAGUGUUGGUCACCCUGGUCCGUUGUUCUUUUGAUCUGAGUACGUCCUCCACUCUGUCCCACUACCUCGCCUUGCGGAUGUGGCACGAGCCAUUUGCAGCUCGAGGGGUUCGGCCAUCGGAGAACCUCGGGGAACGCCGCUGGGAACGCCGUUCCGCGCGUUGGGCGCGCCAACGCGUGCUCACCUCAUGUCGAUGGAUACAGAGCAACUGCUGAAAAUUUCGCUGAUCUAUUCUUAUGUGCUGGCGGCCACCGUCUUUCUGGGGGGCGUGAUGGGCUUCGUCAAGGCCAAAAGCAAGGCCUCGCUGAUUGCCAGCAGCUGUGUGGCGUGUGGCAUCUUGGCACUGGACUAUGUGACGCUCGAGGUGUCAAAAUUCCAGGGCCAACUGUUGCAAGUGCUGCUUUAUGCCCUUGUGUCUAUGAUGUUUCAGAGGAAGUACAGCGCCAGUGGAGGUCAGCUGGAAGAACCCCUAUCAGGUGCUCCCAGUGGCAAGUCAGCGUUCAGGAAGGUCAAGCUCGUCUUCUUCACGUUCAUCUUCUGCAUUUGAUCUUAGUCGUGUGAAAGGCCUCGCAGAGUCGACCUCGUAGAUGCCUCGACAAAGCCCUCACUGGAAGACACUCGCGCAGGCUACCGCACACACUUUUGACCCCUGGCGUAGGCGCUCGCGUAUACAUGCUCCCCAGUGUAUACUUUCAUGCACCCAAAAAAGCAGCACUCACCUGGGUUUCCUGACAAAGUUGGGGAUGCUUAGGGGUAAUUAUGUGGCGGGUUUUGUCCAUGUGUUUUGAUCAGCUUCGAACUGCAAGUGGACGAAGCUUCAAGAAUCGUAGAAAUGACGAGCUUCGAGAAUCCUCAAUGUUCAGGAAGUUCAUGCCGUUCGGGCUGCUGACUCUCAUGUCCUGCCUGGGCGUUUUGUUGUCAGGCUCCUUUAUCUUGGCAAAGUACUGAGACACGGUGCUGAGCGUUUGGACCAUCCCCAGACAAAGACAUGUAGCUAGCGCGCAAAAAAA